UUCUCUCUGUAGAUACCAUCAAUUUCCCAAUAAAUAGAAUAAAAUUUGCUUCUCUUUUAACAUCAAUCUUUUCAGCUUCCAAGCGGGAAUAAUUCUCACCAACACUCUAGCAGAGAAAAUACUAUAAAGUUGUCGCAUGUCAAAUUCAGAGCCUGCUACUAUAAACGGAGCAAUAAUGGAGCCCCAGAGAAAACAGGCGCCCACCAACGGUUCCCUCGCCGUCAAGAAGCCUCCUUCAAAGGACCGCCACAGCAAAGUCGACGGUCGUGGCCGAAGAAUCAGGAUGCCCAUCAUUUGUGCCGCUCGUGUUUUCCAGUUGACUAGCGAGUUGGGUCACAAGUCUGACGGUCAGACCAUUGAGUGGCUGUUGCGCCAAGCUGAACCUUCCAUAAUUGCCGCCACGGGCACGGGCACGAUUCCAGCCAGCUUCUCCACCGUGUCGGUUCCCGUCAGCGGAGGGGCUAAUUCUACUUCUCUUUCGUCGACGACUUCUUCUUCGUCCUUGGAUCAUAAACCUUUACUGAGUCCCACCCCUUUUCUACUCGGGAAACGUGUCAGGUCUGACGGUGAUAACGCUGCGAAGGCCGAGCCCGGAGGUGUCACGGUGGGACCGGGUCUCGGGUCUAUCGUGGGGGCCGCAGGCGCACACACGGGUGCGUUCUGGGCUGUUCUAGCGAGGCUUGAUUUUGGUCAAAUAUGGAGCUUUGCGCCUCAGCAUCAUCAGGAGAUGGUGGUACAGACGGCCGCUCAGCAACCAGCUGCAGCUGCGUUUUUUGUUCAGCAACAGCAAGCGAUUGGUGAAGCGUCGGCGGCUAGGGUUGGCAAUUAUCUUUCCGGCCAUCUGAAUUUGUUAGCCUCAUUGUCCGGUGCACCGGGAGGUACUGGUCAAAGAGACGAUGAUCCUCGUUGAAUUUGGUGGACCAUUUUACUCUUGUUGCUGGGAGUAUAUAUAUUUACAUGAAUGCAUAGAUUCUAUAAAUAUCUGUAUAUCUUGUAGUUUUCAUGUGUGCGGACGUGGAAGGACAUUUUUAGUUGGAAUUUUAGGGUCAGGGAAUUAGGGUUUUUAGUUGACAAUUUGGGAGUUUGAAGCGUGACUGAUGAAUGGUUCUAAUUAGGAUUUUUUCUUAGCACUUAUAUUUGAUGAUUAAUUAGGGUCUUAGAGCGUUCACAAAUUGUUUAGGAUUUUGAAGGUUUAUGUUGGAGGAGAAGAGGGAAUCAGGAAUUGGAGCUUUCAUGAGUGAGAUAUUUGGGGGAUUUAUCCUGUUAUUAAUCGGGUUUGCUUAUUGCUCUUUGAUUUUGGGCUAGUAUUUGCUGAUUUGUUUUCUGCAAUGAAGAGACUUCAAGCCUGGAUUCAGAGAAUUCUUACUUUUCCACAUUGCAAAGAACUUCCAUAGUUUUGAUGUAUGAAUGAUGAAGGAGCAAACCGAAGAAUCUUAGCUGUGAAUUGUACUUGAUUUAGAGAAUAUUGGGGUAUUAUUCGGUUAACCUAAAUUGGGUGACUGGAUGCUGAAACCCAAGAUUUGCUAGGAUGAUACUAUGCUUGGCUUGAUGCUGUGGAUAUAUGGUCUCCCUAAAUUUGAGAAAGUUCCCUUACUAUUAGUUUCUUUGCUGCUACCUGGCGUUUCUUAGCAUCGAAAAUUAUGGUUCUCAAGUGCAUAGCACAUGAUAUUAGCUCGUAAUAUGCCGGGACAUGGGUUGAUCUGGCCCUCUCUCUUCUGCUUUCAGUGAGUGUGUGUGAUUGCAUGAUCUCAAAGGAGACUGCCGUGUGAAAGAUUUGGUUCAUUUCUGUAAGAAUGUUAUUUUGUAAAAAACUUUUAGAUGUAUUCUUAGCCAUUUCUUAGAUUUAUCUGCGUGCAAAUAAUGUGUUCCUCAUGUAUUGUUUUUCACAAAUUUAGUUUCUUCUGCACAUUAUUGUUAUUAUUACUGUCUACUUCUCUAUGUAAGAAGGAUCUUUGUUUUGCUACUCAUUAUUUGGGCGAUUCAAUGUAUGUUUGUGUUUGAUUUAC